GACACAGAAAUUUUGUGCCUCACACAAUCUUGUGGAACAUGCCCAUUAGUUUAUGAAGGAGGAAAUCUUGAACCGUCACAGUGUAGGUACAGUGGAGAUAUUGUAGUAGCGAUUGAUGGAGCAGCAUAUCAGCUUUUGGAGAACAAGACAUUUUGCUACAUGCCAAACCCAGAGAUUAUUCAGCAACCAUCACGAAAUAGUACCAUAAUAAGUGGAGGUUUAAACAUUGAAAUUCACGGAAAGUGGUUUGAUUCAGUAACUAACCACGGUAUAAGGAUAAGUGUUGGUGAUGCUCACUUUGGUUCGUCUUGUAAAAUGAAAUAUUCUGGAUCACUGUUGAUUUGUUCUACUCCCAAUUUGACACCCGAAUUUAACCAAUCUGCAGAAGUUAUCGUUGGGCGAAUGGCUGUAAUAUUAGACAACAAUCCAGAAACUUCAACCACACUCAUGAUUUAUCCUGACCCAGAAUUAGACUACCUAGAUAUAGAUACAAAACUGAAAGAGAUUGAUUUGAAGGACAAACUUUUAGAACUAAAGGGGCGUUAUCUGAAUUAUGCAGCUAGAAAAGAAGAUUAUAUGAUUAUAAUAAAUGGAUCACAUUGUCCUGUGGUUGAUCUCCAUGAAACGUUUCUUAUAUGUAACCUUUCCAGCACAGUUCACAUCAAAGAUGUCCCUCUUCUUGUUGAGGUAUCUGUAGGUCAUAACUGGAACACAAAUUUAGGAUACAUGAAGUUUUCCCAUGUAGACGUUCAUCGGAACCAAUUACAUGUCCAACUUGUUGCGAUAUGUUUGGGCACUUUUGUUGUUCUGAUUUCAUGUCUAAUUUUUGUCAUGCACAAGAAACACUUAGGAGUGUUUCGAAAGAAGGCAACAGAAGAGUUUUCUGUCGUUUAUCUCAACAACGCAGAAACAAGAGGUCUCAUGGAUCCGCCAUAUGAUACAGGUACUUCAUCUGCUGAGCAAGGAACGCCUAUGCAUGUCAAACAGAAUAGACAGAGCGAUACAGAGCUGGUUGUUGAAGGGGCUUCAUGUAUUUCUAAACCAGGAUUUGACGCUAUUGGAACUGCUAACAUGCUGAGGCAGCAAAAUAUCUUUAUUGAACGCGAUUUGGUUAGACUUGGGGAAGAUAUUGGCCAUGGAAAUUUUGGAUGUGUAUACAAGGGUUAUCUGUUGUCAAUGGAAGAAAAAGAGGAACGACUUGUUGCCGUCAAAACUGUUCUUAAAACAGAAGUACAGGACAUAAACGCAAUCCUUGAUGAAGCUUUGAUCAUGAAAGAUUUCAAUCAUCCCAAUGUGUUGUCACUGAUUGGUAUUUCUGUCGCUCCUGGUGAAUUCCCGUUGGUUAUCAUUCCGUUUAUGUCAAAUGGGGAUCUACUGUCUUAUAUUCGUAGCGCUGACAAUAAGCCAACUAUUAAAGACUUGGUAAAAUUUGGACUAGAUGUUGCUAGGGGCAUGGAAUAUCUUGGCAGCAUCAAAUUUGUACACAGAGAUUUAGCAGCCAGAAACUGCAUGAUGGAUGAAAACCUAAAAGUGAAAGUAGCAGACUUUGGGUUGGCUAGAGAUAUUUAUACGAAAAACUACUAUAGCAGUGACAAUAAGAAACUGUUACCAGUAAAAUGGAUGGCUCCUGAAAGUCUAGAAAAUGGGACCUAUAGUACAAAAUCAGAUGUCUGGUCGUUCGGUGUAGUUAUGUGGGAAUUAAUGACCAGAGGUUCUGCACCUUAUUGUGACGUUAACAAUUGGGAUAUGCAUAAAUAUUUACAAUCUGGCAGGCGCCUAAAAAGAACUGAUUUCUGUCCACCACCAUUAUAUGAGAUAAUGAUGACAUGUUGGGAAUUUGACCCAGACGACAGACCAACGUUUCAGGACGUUAAUCAGAGGAUCACUGGAUUAGUAGAACAGGAAAAAUAGAAGAAAUUUAGUUUUGAUAUUAUGUUGACAGUUACUUCAUUUUGAUUAUGAACCAGCGACAAAUUUUGUUGAUUUCAAACUCCUUUUAUUUAUAAGACCCAAUGAGGCACUUUUAACCAAAUAAUAUUUUUGUUAAAAAAAAACCAACAAUCUCAAACAGUGUCAUAGAGAGAGAGAGACAGAAGAUACGAAAUACGGGGCACUAUCGUAAGUCUAAUUAAAAAACCCCAGACAACAGCAUGUUCAAAAAUAAAACGACGUAAAAACAAUGAACAAUAAAAUCAUCGCACGUAAAACUAAAUAUUGAACAACACAAACCACACAAAAAAACGUGUGUGAACAUUUUGGUUUUAAAAUUUUAACAAAAGCGGAAUCGUAUAUUAUUAGCUUAAAGAAUUUUUUAGAAAAUUACAUUCGUAUUUUAUAGAAAAUUAUAUUAACACACAAAAAGUCUUAAACCAAAACUUUCAUGGACGCAACGACCGGAAAACACCAUUAUUAUCCACUAUUGUAUGCGGGAAAUACUAAAAAUAGUGAUGUCAUCAGGGAUUCAAUGUUUUAUUAAACGAUUUAUUAAAUUAAAAAAAGAAACGCAUAAUCGCGGAAUGCAGAAAUAAACUGCAAUAUGCACAACUGUACAUAUUUAUACAUAUCUGUGUUCUCAGAAAAAAAAUUGAUUUAAUCUUUUACAUUUCUAUUUUUAUUCCUGGUUUCGCUUGUGGAUUUAUGUUUGCGUUCUUUGUUUCAACAAACCGAAUUCCUUUAACUCAAUGCCAUUUUUUGAGAAAAUGUCCCUCUCUAUGUCUUCCUCUUAAUUAUCAAAUUACCUUUCGCCCCUUUUUACUUGACUGGAAUUUUGGAUUAAGAUCAAAAAUAUUUUUUACCUAUCCAGAGAGUUUAUUUUCUGAAACCUAUAAAAAAAUGUAUUAUUUCUCCUUGCCAUCUAUUUUUAAAACUAGCCAAAAUUGGUUACUUCUCGUCGUAAACUGUAAGAAUUAUUAUCCGCUACACAUUUAACGCUCGGUUCUUAAAUACAUAAACUCUUGCAACAGCUCUUUGAGGGGUCCGUAUGUGGCCUGUUGCAAGGCAAAAUUUCUGUCCCUAUCCAAUAUACCCUUAUUUUCCAGUGGCAAUCUAAAUUUCCUCAAUCAACGGCCUCUAUUACAGGAGCUAUCUAUUGUAUUUAAUAUUAAUUUGUUCUCGUCCUGAACAUGCAUGAAAUAUUUGCCACUGGACGUUAAGCAACAAAAAAUCAAUCAUCAAUCAAUCAUAAACCUAAACUACCUUUUUUUACAUUGAUUCCUUCAUCUUGUUUUGUUCUUUUAUAUUCGUAAUGUAUUUCUUAAAAUCAUUACAUUGUAAAUAUGAGUAUUAAUAACUAUGCAACUUGACAACAUACCAAAAAAUAAAAAUGAAAAUAAUAAGUACAUUAACUGUUUCAUAUUUGAUCAUAUUUUAGGCUUUAAAUUAUGCAAUGCAAUUUUUUUAUUAGUAGUUAAUAUUUUUGUACGGCAAAACUAAAGACCUAAUACGUACAGAAGCACUUUACUUUGAAAUUACUUAAACUUUUAGAAUAUACAAAUAACAAAAUUCAAAUGUCAAAGGUAUGAGAAUUUUGAAAAAAAGGUAUAAUGAACCCAAACAUAACCUGAAUAUAUAAAAGUUGAAAAAAAAAAUACACGUAAUUAUUUUCACAAAUUGAAAGUUAGCACGAAUAGAAGAAGAUUUUUUUGAACAUUUAUAAUGAAGAGAAAAUAAAACGUCUGUGCACGUUACGUAUAUCUGAAAGAACAAGUAUCAGGUAUACUCAAUCAAAUAAGUUGAAAAAACAAUUUUUAGAAAAAAUGUGUGAUAUUUAAAUAAUACUAGUAAAAAAGCACUAGCUGCAGAACUGAUGAUUAAAAUAGUUACUCUGAGAAAAUUUGAUUUCAGUUCCCUGUUUGUUUAUUAUAUUGUUGAAUUCAGUAAUAGAUAUAUAAAUAGUAAAGAUUUAUUUCUUGUUGACAUCUGAUGGAUGAAAUUUGUCUUACUUGUAAUACUUUUUGAAUUUCAAAUUCAAGUAGACCAAAAAUAUAUAAUUUCUCCUUUGUUGUUUCUUGGCUGUUUCAUCAAUAUGUAUGUAUUAUAUAUAUAAUUUUAUAUGAAAUUUUGUUUUUGUUUUUAUUGAAUGCAAUAUUGGUGAUAGACACGAGUUAUACAACUAUCUGCCAAACAUGCAUGUCUGCUCUUUUACAUUUUGUGGUUACUCUCAAGUUACAUUUAUAUUUUUUUGUGUGAUUUUUUUUACAUCAAAUAUCAAUUAAUGAAUUUUUGUAUUAUGAUAUUUUAGAGAAUUGUCCAUUUCUAAUUAACUAUUGCUUGUAAACCUUUUUAAAGAUUUGCUCAUAGGUUUUAAAACGUAUGAUUAACUGUUUUAUAAAUGCUCAAUUUUUCUUUGAUUUAUUUGCAUGUCUGUAUUUUGAUUAUAAAUAAAUUUAUAUAUUUUU